ACCUGCCUGUGAGCUAAAUGGAUCUGCAGGGGUCAGUAAGCGUGGCAGAUGCUGUUUAAAGUGGAAGAAAGUUAUUGAAACAAUAUGUGUGUGUGUGAGAGAGAUUGAGAGAAGGGCCAGGAUCCAGUGGACUCCCCUUCGCCACCUGCAAAGUUACUCCCCUCUGUCUCUAAUGGAGCUGGCUCUGCCCCGUUUGCCAGGUCUCCCCCACUUCCUCAUGCUCUUCCUCUUCCUCUCUGCAGGGCCGGUCACCUGGAGCCACCCGCAAGGAGGGCGCCUAACAUGGGCCAGCUGCCAGCGCCGCUGCCCCUCGUGCCCCUGUUCCUGCCGGCACUGCUGCUGCUACUGGGGCCCCAGUCCCACUGCCAGCCCCCCGUGGAGGCCUGCCCCUUCCACUGCGUCUGCCAGAACCUCUCUGAGUCUCUCAGCACCCUCUGCGCCCACAAGGGCCUCCUCUUUGUCCCGCCCAACAUUGACUGCCGGACGGUGGAGCUGCGCCUGGCCGACAACUUCAUCCAGGUGGUGGAGCCGCCGGACUUCCUGAACAUGUCGGGGCUGGUGGACCUGACCCUGUCGCGCAACACCAUCGACACCAUCCGGCCCUUCGCCUUCGGGGACUUGGAGAGCCUACGCUCGCUCCACCUGGAUGGCAACCGGCUGACCGGCAUCCCUGAGGAGGCCCUGCGGGGGCUGCUCAACCUCCAGCACCUCAUCCUCAACAACAACCAGCUGGCAGAGGUCUCGGUGGGCGCCUUCGACGACUUCGUGCUGACACUGGAAGACCUGGACCUCUCCUACAACAACCUCCGCCGGGCCCCCUGGGACGGCAUCCGGGGGAUGCUCAGCCUUCACACCCUCAACCUGGACCACAACCUGAUUGACACCCUCCCUGAGGGGGCCUUUGCCGAGCUCUACAAGCUCUCCCGGCUGGACAUGACCUCCAACCGACUCCAAACGCUGCCCCCCGACCCGCUCUUUGCCCGUGCCCAGCCGGGGGUGGUCAGCCCCACCCCCUACGCCCCCACUGUCUCCCUCGGCUUUGGGGGAAAUCCCCUGCACUGUAACUGCGAGCUGCUCUGGCUGCGGCGCUUGGGCCACCAGGACGACCUGGAGACCUGCGCAUCCCCGCCCCAUGUGGCUGGGCGCUACUUCUGGGCGGUGCCCGAGGAGGAGUUUGCCUGCGAGCCGCCGCUCAUCACCCGCCACACUCACAAGCUCUGGGUGCUGGAGGGCCAGCGGGCCACCCUGCGUUGCCGGGCCAUCGGAGACCCUGAGCCAGUGGUCCAUUGGGUUUCCCCCGACGACAAAAUCGUGGCCAAUUCCUCCCGGACGGCCUCCUUCCGCAACGGUACACUGGACAUUCUAGUAACCGCUCUCCGGGAUGACGGGGCCUACACCUGCAUCGCUAUCAAUGCCGCUGGGGAAUCUACGGCCACCGUCGACCUCCAGAUCAUCCCUCUGCCGCACCGGGGCAAUGGCAGCGCCCCUGCCCCACAACCAGACCCGGGGUCCUCUGACAUUGCCACUUCUGCCAAGACCUCCGCGGUCAAUGGGACAAGCGAAGGGGGCACCAGUGCCGUGAGGAGGACGGUGGAGAUCUCUGAGGUGACGGCCACCUCGGCCCUGGUCCGCUGGGUAGCGGACCAGUCCUCGGCCUACACGGCCUGGAUGUACCAGAUCCAGUACAACUCGACUGUGGAUGACGCGCUCAUCUACAGGAUCAUCCCAGCCAGCGGCCGGCAUUUCCUCCUCCGGCACUUAGUGCCCGGCGUGGACUACGACCUCUGCAUCUUGGCCAUCUUCGACGAUGCAGCCACAGCAUUGGCGGCCACACACCUGCUGGGCUGUGCCCAGUUUGCCACGCAGGAGGCCUACCCGGACUGCCGCUCGCUGCACGCUCACUUCCUAGGGGGCACCCUGACGGUGAUUGUGGGGGGUGUGGUGGUGGUCACCCUGCUGGUCUUCACCGUAGUCAUGAUGGUCAGGUACAAGGUCUGCGGGAGCGCCCGAGCAUCUGCUCUGCCCAAGGUCACCCACGUCCACUCCCAGACCAACGGCGGACACCCCAAUGGUGGCCUCCUUCUGCUGCCUCCUCAGCGGACACCCCCCAAGGAGUGGGGCCCCAAGCGCCAGCGGCAAGGAAGGGCCCGGGCCCGGCCGGAAGGGAGGACGGGGGCCUGGUGCCCUCUCCCUGCCCCCAGUGCUAAGACCAAGCGCAGCUGCUCCCUGGACAUGGGCGAGGGCCCCCCUGCUUCAUCCCGCGGGUGCCACAGCUACGCCAAGCGCCUGAGCUUCGUCUGGAGCAAGCGCAGCCAGUCCGUCCAUGGCAUGCUGGGUCGUGGGGGCUUCCCGGAAGAAGAGCUGGAGGGAGACCCGGCGCCAGCCCCAGUGGCAGCAAAGAGGAUCGGGCCCCUCCUCAGCGCAGACGACUUGGAGGAGAGUGUGGUAUAGCCCUCAGCCAGGCUCCCUGGGAGCAGGGAGAAAUGCGUGCCCAGACUGGUGCCUGUGGGCCAGGAUGAGGGCCCCUGGCAGGAAGAAGAGUAAAAAGAAAGAGAAGGAAGAGCACCUGCGCCUGAUUGUGAGGCUGUGGGAGCAGCAGAGCUGCUGCCCACCUGGAAGAGGAGAUGCCGAUAGUCAGGGGGUGCAAAAGCAGGAGCCCCUUGCCCACUUUGGCCACCAGGCCCUGGGCUGAUCACUUUUGACCCGGUCAGAAAAGACGGGGGGACUGAGGGGCAGCCCCCGCCCUCCAAGAAGUCUCUGUGACUCUAGGGAAGGGGAAAGGAGGUCUUUGCCUUUUCUAAAAAUGGUUUGCCAAAAAACAACAACAAUCGAAAGGGAGUGGAGGGGGAAAGUGCUGCUCCAUACUCUUCUCAAAAGCAGGAGGGGAAAGGGGGAAAGGACAUCCAUGGAUGGACAGAUGGACAGAGUCUGGUGUGUAGACUGUACUGAAAUGGGGGGAGGGAAGUGGGGGAGGAGGGGGAUCCCUCCCCAGGCAAAAACCCAAACCCUGUACCAAGGAAAUCUGGAAUUUUGUGAUCUGUAUAAA